UGUCUUAAUCGGUGAAACUGUCAGUAUCGAAUUUACACCACCCCCAGCAGUUUCGUUGUGUCAGCAAAAUGAACCGUCUUAUCGUAGUGCUAGCUGCAUUAAUUGUGGCACUGAUUCCACUCGCAGCAGGACACGGAACGGUCAGGUUCCCACCACAGCGGAGCACCCGCUGGCGCUGUAACCCUAAUGCCCCACCAAACUGGAACGACAACGAAAUUUGGUGCGGUGGAAUCGGCAUCCAAUGGGGCCAGAACGGAGGCAGAUGCGGCGUCUGUGGAGACAACUACGCGCAUCCCACACCCCGCGCACACGAACUGGGUGGAACAUUUGGUCAGGGCGAGAUAGUCGCGAACUAUACCGAAGGAUCCGUUAUAACGAUAGAUGUAAUAAUCACCGCCAACCAUCGAGGUCACUUUGAGUUCAAACUUUGCUGUCUGGAUAACUCAGCGGAAACGGAAAAAUGCUUCGACGAACAUUUCUUAGUGGACACCGAAGGCAGACAUAUUUGGCAUCUCAAUUCAACCAUGUACGGCAUGUACCAUGUGCCGCUUCAGCUUCCCAGAGGUCUCGUGUGUGAACACGCUGUUCUACAGUGGACCUAUGUUACAGCUAACAAUUGGGGAAUAUGCCCUGAUGGAACGGGUGCUCUUGGAUGUGGCCCACAGGAACACUUCCGCACAUGCUCUGACAUCGGUAUCUACCACGCCAAUGAUGAACGGCUGAAGGAGUCGUUCAAUUUCUGCCCUAAUCGCCCAGUUGAGCGCACAGUUGACGAUUGGAUUUCGGGCAACUUCCCUGAGGAGUUUGUGGGAGGGUAUUAGAAGGACAACGGAGGGCACCAUAGUGAACGAAUAAACAUCUAUCAAUGUCUAAAA